GGGUGCCUUUAUGAACUUCAGCUGCAGCAGUAAGGGGCAGUUACCAUAGCAACCAACUCAGAAAUGUAAACAAUUUUUUGCCGUUGUGGUAUACUAAGUAACAAUUACUAUCAGUAACAGGAGCAGUAACAGAUAUGAAAAAGGAGUGAAGUGCUUAAUUUGAAUCCUAAAAAUGAAUAUGCAGAAGAAAACCCUUAGUAUUUUCUCCGUCAUUAGAAACAGGCCUGCUAAUCUGUUAUAACGUGUCAUGUAGCUGUAUGCGCAAGUUUUAAGCUGUAUACAUACAGUUCGUAUUCUGUGUUAUCCAAGCACUUCUUCAUGAAAGUUUCUCUUCCGCACUCUGAAUCACCUGAUCACGCGCCAGGUCCGAAUGCGUUUUGUGAAAGCCAGCGGUUGUGUCAGUUGCCAUAGCAACCUACUCUGGAGUAUAAACAAAGAUGUGGAAUUGUGGAAUACAUCUUAACCAUUCAUUGUCUACCGAUAAUAAUAGGAUACGCAGACAUCAGAAAAUGAGUGGUGCCAUGAAAUGGCAGAAGUUCAUAUAAUUGGACAAAUUGUUGGAGCAAGUCAUUUUCCAAAGCAUAGUUUAUUCUGCAAAUGGCAGAUACAUUAUGGUAAUGGAUGGCGGCUGAUAUCAGGACUGAAAGAAGGGCAGACUCAUGUUGACAAUCCACAGUAUGAUGAGAAAGCUUAUUGGUCUCAUCCAGUAGACAUUCACUUUGCUACAAAAGGAAUACAAGGGUGGCCUAAAUUUCAUGUUCAAGUGUACCAUCUUGAUCACUGGGGACGCAGUGAACUUUAUGGAUAUGGAUUUUGUCAUGUUCCUGCAUCAGCUGGUACCCACAUUGUUGACUGUGUAACUUGGAGACCAGUAGGUACACUUCGUGACCAAAUACGGCAAUAUUUUGUUGGGGGUGGACCGCAGUUGAAGAAUGUUGAACUUGCUUAUUGUGGAUAUGACAGAUAUCGAUUGCAGACUGAAACUAUGGGGAUUGUUCACAUGGAACUAGGAAUUAUCUUAAGGCACUUCGAUAAGUUUGGUGUUGAAUGUUAG